CCGCCCCCUCCGCAGGCCUCAGCCCUGCUCUUCCUUUGUCACAGCUCCGCCCAGCUGGGCACACCCGCUAAGGAAGGUUCCUCUGUUCCCUCCCCACUCACUCUGGGUCUAAGCUGGCCGAGAUGGACCAUGGAAAACCCAGGGUCCCUGCAGCUGGACCCCGCUGCCCUUCCCUAGGAAUGUGGGCCUCCAAGGCAGGCAUCUCGAGGUACUCUGUGCCACCCCCCAUCAGCAGGACCUGGACCAUGGUGAACGAGGCUCGAGGGAGUGGCGGUAGCAGCAGUGGCAGCGAGGGCUCUAAGGACAGUUCGAGGUGUUCCACCCCUGGCCUGGACCCCGAGCGUCACGAGAGACUCCGGGAGAAGAUGAGGCGGAGGAUGGAAUCUGGGGACAAAUGGUUCUCCCUGGAAUUCUUCCCUCCCCGGACUUCGGAGGGAGCCGCCAACCUCAUCUCCAUGUUUGACCAGAUGGCAGCAGGUGGCCCCCUCUUCAUAGAUGUGACCUGGCACCCAGCGGGGGACCCUGGCUCGGAUAAGGAAACGUCCUCCAUGAUGAUCGCCAGCACGGCUGUGAAUUACUGUGGCCUGGAAACCAUGCUGCACAUGACGUGCUGCCAGCAGAGCCCGGAGGCGAUCACAGGCCACCUGUACAAAGCCAAGCAGCUGGGCAUCAAGAGCAUCUUGGCGCUGCGGGGAGACCCCAUAGGUGACCAGUGGGAAGCAGAAGAAGGAGGCUUUGACCAUGCCACAGACCUAGUGAAGCACAUCCGAAGCGAGUUUGGUGACUACUUUGACAUCUGUGUGGCAGGUUACCCCAAAGGCCACCCCGAGGCAGGGAGCUUUGAGGAGGACCUGAGGCACCUGAAGGAAAAGGUGUCUGCAGGCGCCGACUUCAUCAUUAGCCAGCUCUUCUUUGAGGCCAACACCUUCUUCCACUUUGUGAAGGCCUGUGAUGACAUCGGCAUCACCUGCCCCAUCCUCCCCGGGAUCUUCCCUAUCCAGAGCUACUCCUCCCUCCGGCAGCUUGUGAAGCUGUCCAAGCUGGAGGUACCGCAGGAGAUCAAGGAUGUGAUCGAGCCGAUCAAAGACAAUGACGCUGCCAUCUGCAACUAUGGCAUCGAGCUGGCCGUGAGCCUGAGCCGGGAGCUUCUAGUCAGCGGCUUGGUGCCAGGCCUCCACUUCUACACCCUUAACCGCAAGAUGGCCACCACCAGCGUGCUGAAGCGCCUGGGCAUGUGGACUGAGGACCCCAGGCGUCCCCUCCCCUGGGCCGUCAGCGCACACCCCAAGCGCCGAGAGGAAGAUGUGCGCCCCAUCUUCUGGGCUUCCAGACCAAAGAGCUACAUCUACCGCACCCAGGACUGGAAUGAGUUUCCCAACGGCCGCUGGGGCAACUCCUCCUCGCCAGCCUUUGGGGAGCUGAAGAACUACUACCUCUUCUACCUGAAAAGCAAGUCGCCCCGGCAGGAGCUGCUGAAGAUGUGGGGUGAGGAGCUCAGGAGCGAGGAGAGCGUCUUCGAAGUCUUCGCGCACUACAUCUCAGGGGAGCCAAACCGGCACGGGUACAAGGUGACCUGCCUGCCCUGGAACGAUGAGCCCCUGGCAGCCGAGACCAGCCUGAUGAAGAAGCAGCUGCUGCGCGUGAACCGGCUGGGCAUCCUUACCGUCAACUCCCAGCCCAACGUCAACGGGAGACCGUCGUCCGACCCCAUUGUGGGCUGGGGCCCUAGCGGGGGCUACGUCUUCCAGAAGGCCUACCUGGAGUUCUUCACCUCCCGAGAGACAGUGGAGGCACUCCUGCAGGUGAUGAAGAAGUACGAGCUUCGGGUCAAUUACCACAUCGUGGAUGUGAAGGGUGAGAACAUCACCAAUGCCCCCGAGCUGCAGCCCAAUGCCGUCACGUGGGGCAUCUUCCCGGGACGAGAGAUCAUCCAGCCCACGGUGGUGGAUCCUGUCAGCUUCAUGUUCUGGAAGGAUGAGGCCUUCGCCCUGUGGAUCGAGCAGUGGGGCAAGCUGUACGAUGAGGAGUCCCCAUCCCGCAUGAUCAUCCAGUACAUCCACGACAACUACUUCCUGGUCAACCUGGUGGACAAUGAGUUCCCGCAGGACAGCUGCCUGUGGCAGGUGGUGGAGGACGCAUUCGAGCUGCUCAACAGGCCUGCUGGGCUCAAGGGGGAGGCGGAGGCGCAGUGACCUGCAUCCGGCCCUCCCAGUCCUGGCUUUCCCAUGUACCCCCAAGCCUGACCCCCACUGGCCAUGUGAGGAUAGCAGCUGCACUGGCAUGACUGGGCUCUGGCUGGACCGGAGUUGGCCCCUGUGGGAGCCUGGUGCUCCUGCACUAGCCAGGAUCUCGUGCUCUGUCAAUGAGGGGCACCUCUGUGCUGCAGGGGACCACAGUGAAUGGCACAUCCCUGGGAAGAGGAGGACACUGGUUUUGCAGUCAAGCCUCUGGAGGCCAGCCUGGGGCUCCCAGCAAACUUGCACUCUGGGCCCCUGCAGGAUGAGCAGGGAAAGCAUGGGUAGCAGCCCCUGUGGGAUUGAAGAAGAGUGAAGUGCCACCUUCUGGGAGUGGCAGCAGGGCCCCAGGACCUGUGACUGAAGGGGAAAACCAUUGCCCUGGCUUCUGCUUGGCUGGCCACAGCAUCAGGCCCUGGGAUGGAUGGGCCUUGGGCUGGCACCUAGCAUCCAAGGAGACCUCAGCUGGGUGUGUCCUUCUCCAGUGCUGCUCUUUAAAACAGCUGCCUGUGUUCUGGUGGCCAGAGAGAUCAAAGGCUAAAGGCAAUCCCAACCCUCGAGCUUGUGGGGCCCCCAGCUUUCUCUUCUGUCCCAGUAACUGUCAGGCAACACUGACAGGGACCCUAGCUCAGCCCAGGACAGUACACAGCCCUUGCUGGCUUAUUUUUAGGUAGGUGCUCCUCCUGCCAGCUGACCCCUGGCACCCCUCCCCAGGACUCAGCACCCGGCUGCACUGUCUGGAAGUGACCUCAGGUGCAGGCGGGUUGCUGCUGUCCUGGAAGCCUAGCUCAGUGGGGAGACCUGCACCCAGUGGGGCCCAGCUGGCUGUGGUGGAGGGGCAGCUUUAGGAGGCCACAAGAGAAGCAGCUAGAACCAAGGAGGCCUUUAUUGUGCUUGGGCUCCUAGCACUGUCACUGCAUUCCGUGGACGUGUUCCUUUCCUGGACUCAGUUCUGCUUUUUAGUCCAUGGGAGCAAGUCGGGGUUGCAGCUGGGAGCUGGUCCUGCCCCAUGCACUCCACAGGGCUUGGUCCCUGUUCCAGGACCCCUGGUGUCCCACCUGCCCGGGGCCUGGGCUGCUGGUGGCUCCUCUCUUUGGGCUCCUGGCUGCCAGGUGCUGGUGCCAUCUCUCAAAGGCCCGGAAUUAGGGAGGGACAGGAAAGGCUGUCUCAGGCAUCCUCCAGGCCCUACUGUGCUUGACUGUUUCAGUCCCUGUGGAGGCCCCACCUCCUGUCCUAGGCAGCCAGGCCAAACACACAGGCUCAGAAUAGAUCUGACUUGUGACCUGGGAAGCCUUGCUCCAAGCAGUGAAGAGGAGCGGGUGCUGGCGGGCACUUGGGACCAAGCCCCAGGCGGCCACUGUGCCACAGGUCAAGCCUUGUUCCCAGUGAUGGGGAGACUGGCUGAGCCUAUGGCCACCUGUCAGAUCCAGGGGCCCACCAUUCAGACUGCACAUUCACCUCCCCAGAAAACAAAGGGACCGAGGGGGCCAGCAGGGAAACCCCCCACUCAGCAGUGUCCAGCGGUACCCCUGGUUGGAAGGCCAGCACCGGGCCACUGCUAUACCUGGGAAAGGAGCCAGCUGUCUUGCUGUUGUAGCCGCCUGGCCACUCGCAGCUGCAGGACUUGCCGCCGCCACGCCCUCCAGGCCUGUCCCAGUUGCCUUGCCGGAGCUGUGACCAGAAAUGACAAGAGGAGCCCCCUUCACCAUGCUCCCUAGCACCCCAGCCCUCUGCCUCUCCUGCAGCUCUGGCACCACAGUGGACAGGACGUGACAAAGCUGUGUCACCCACGGUGCUGUUUCUAGGGUCAGGAGGUGGAGAUGCAGUGAAGAUCUCACUGUGGGGUGGGGAGAGCCUGCCAAGUCCACUCACCAGGCUCCAGGACAGCUGCUCAGCCCCUCGAGCACCUGCCCAGCACUGCCAUGUCACCCUCAGGAGCCUGACCCACUGUGAGGCCUGGAAUUUGCAGAGCAGAACUCAAGGCUCCAGCACCGUGGGUACUUCUGGUGGCCAAGGCAUCAUGACCUCAUCAAGGCCAGGGAGAGGGCCUGGGCCUGUGCUUGCUCCUCCAGGCCCCUGUGGGACAGAGUCCUAGCCAGAGAAGCCUCGGGCCCUUCCCUCCCUCCCUGCCUAGUGUGGUCACACAGCUGCCCAUACCCCAGCCUGCUUGAAGGAUCCUCGCCUUGGGGGCCUCUGGUCUCAGAGCCACAGAGCACUGGUGCUGUGAGGGCCCAGCUACUACAUCCAGGCCACUGCAGCCACAGCUGGAAUACAGGGCUGAGGGGACAAUCCGUGUAGCCUGUAAAAGGGAAUUAGAGAGGUUAGCACAUUGCUUCAGGACAGCAACUGCUCCCUCAGUGCCAGCCAGAGUUGCUGCUGCAGAGGCAGCAAGUGAGAAGCCUGGGGCCUCCCCUCCCCACAUCCCCAGGACUCUGGCUGCUGCACUGGGAAAGGAGCUGCAAUCUCCACACAGCUGGAUUAAAAAGGAAGUGGCUGGGGAGAACAGCAAAUACAGGUAGCCAGAUUGGCCAGGGGAUUGAUUUCCAGGCACUCAAGGGCUGGCGAUAUCUCAUCCACCCCUGCCACUGAGACACCCAGGGACUGAGUCUGCUUACAGAGCCCCAGCUGCUGUCCCCUCUGGCCUUUGUCCACUGCAGCUGUGCUUUGGCCCAAGCAGUGUGGCCUCUGUGGCCGGUGGCCAGUGGCCAGCAGCUUUGUGUCUAAAUGACAGCAAGAAAAAACCUGAGCCGGGCCAUGGACCUGCUUGUGCCCAGCUGUCCUGCCCACCCACCAGUAAGACCCCCCCCAUUUGUGCACCCUAAUGGGGGGAGCCCUCCCAUGAACCUUGAGGCCCCCAGAGGAGAUGGAGAAGGUGCUCAUGGGAUGUGUGGCCCAUUGUCCCACUCACUGAAGACAUCCAGUCAAAGGAGGGAACUGAUAAGAGCUUACCUGGGCCAGGACCAGCCCUGAGAGGUGGCCGUCACUGUCCGUACUUAAGCUUUACAAGAUUUGCUGACAGAAGUGAGAAAGAUUACAAUCCCCUGUAACCCAUCUAGAAAUGCAAUGUCCUGAGCCCCCAGGCCCUGGUGUUGCUAUUGACCCGUCUAUGUGAAUUCUGAAAACCCUUGAAUCUUCCCUCCUGAUUUCACUGAAAGAACAAAAACCACUUUAGCGUUUUUCUCAGAAUCUGUAAACUCUGCUCUUCCUGGCAUUCUGAAGAUGCCAGGUGAUCUUUGGAAACUACUGGGCCACCCAUCUCUGGGGCUGUGUCCCUUGAUGAUGGUCCCCAGACUCCUGGGCAGUGUCGGGGUUUUUUAUGCCUGGCUGUGGUGGUGGCUUGUCACUGUUUGCCAGUGUGAGAACCAACAGCAUCAGAUCUGGAGAGGGACUGAUGAUUACUUAUGAAUAGAGAAAAUGAUACGGAAAUUUUUUACUUUUAUAUUUUGAUUUUUUUUCUGUAAUGAGCAUAUUUAAUUUUUCCAAUUAAAAAAAAACGAU